AUGGCAGAGGAAAAUCACCAAUUAAAAAUUGAUUUAAUCUCAGAUGAAAUAAGAGAAAUAGCAUAUAAGGGACAACAAGCAACAAUAUAUCAAAUUGAUGAUGAAGUUGAAGUUGCAAGUCAAGUAUUAGGCUUCAUAGGUUCUUACUUACAUGCAACUAUUCUUUACCCCGUUGGCGCUUUACAUUACAAAGUCCAAUACAAGACUCUUGUGACUGAUGAUGAAACCGCGCCAUUAAAGGAGACUGUACGUGUCUCUGAGGUCCGUCCUGUUCCACCUACUCUUCCAUCUGAAGCAAGGUCAAUGGUAACCUAUGAUAUUGUAGAUGUGUAUGACAAAGAGGCCUGGUGGUUUGGGGUCAUUACUGGGGAAGAUGAAGAAAAUUACCAUGUCUAUUUUCCUACUACUGGGGAGCACGUUGCGUAUUCUACUGAUAAGUUGAGGUUUCAUCAAGAAUGGUCUAAUGGACAAUGGAUAUUUCCUUCAUUAGGAAGGAUUGAUUUUUUAUAG